AUGCUUCUUACAAACCACUACACGACGCCACCCCACGAACCAGUUGGCCCUAACGACGACAGCACCGCACCAAAACCGUCCAGCCGCCGUCCUUCGCUCGAUCCAGACUCGAGGACGCUCUUUCCUCUCUCCUCCUUUCGACACCAUCCUUACUCCCAUCUGGACCGGACAGCUCCAAGCACAACCAGUGCCUCUAGCUCAAGGAGAGGCUCCCUGACGGAUCCUGCAUUACACGCCACCUGCAGACCUCCACUCUUAUGUAGCUCCCCUCCGCCUUCUCCAUCUCAGCGUUUCACUUCACCCGCCACCAUUCGUCCGUCGACAUCCGAUCAAGCUGAUCUCACCAAUCGUUUCCUCACAUCGCCACCACUGCAGCCCAACGGCAACAACAACAACCAAUACCAUGGCAACAGCAGCACCAAUUUGUCCCCACAGCAACAUGCAUCGUCACCAUGGCGACGAGACUCUUUACCAUCUAUAUCACAUCUAACCCGACAACAACCACUUGCUGCUUCCACAGCAGGAACAGCAACUGCAACAAAAGAGCGUCAUCCGCUGUCCAAUGGAAUGUGGCUUGACGACUUGCCACAAGCGUCACCCUCGGACAGUAUUCGACGACACUCGAUUGCCGUUUCGUCUUCGUCCAAUGGAGCCUAUUAUGGCUCCCCACUGUCAUCGGCUGCAUCAUCGCCUCGAGUACAGCCGCAAAGCCAUCCUUCGCCUCCGCAGCAGUACCAAUACCACCACCAUCAUCAUCAUCAUCACCUCCACCAAGAGCAUGAUAAUAAUAAUAAUAGCGCGCAUCCACUGCGCCACGCAGGUCCCCCACUCACAAGCCGCCAAGAACAACAACAACAGCCACCACCACCACCACCACAGUCGCAACAUUAUCCUCAGGGCGAAGCCUCCAUGUCAAGGCGAGGCAGCACAGCAAUGUAUUCGCGGUCACCGGAACUUCGAGUGAGUCACAAACUUGCAGAGCGCAAGCGGCGUAAAGAAAUGAAGGACCUGUUCGAUGAACUGCGCGAUAUCCUGCCGGUGGACAAGGGUCUCAAGACGAGCAAAUGGGAAAUCUUGAGCAAAGCUUUGGACUAUAUUUCGAUUCUUCAGCAGCGAGAGGACCAGUGGACCCGGGAAUCGGCAGAAUUGCGUCGUGAGUUGGCAUCGCUGAAAAACUUUUGA